UGUUCAUCGUCCUGGGAAGAAGAAGAAGAAGAAGAAGAAGAAUUUUCCUGUGUUACCCAAGACGCUCCAGCAAAAUGGAUUAUUACCAGGAAGUACCUCAGCAAUUCUCAGAGAUGUCCGGCUUGAAUGAAGAAUCGGCUCUUCCAAUACAAAGCUCCGUGAGUGUCAUUCAGACGCAGGAUGAAUCAAGAAGUAGAAAGACGACGCUCAUCUUCUUUGCCAUCUGUUUACUUUUAUUCCUGAGCCUCCUCAUUGGAAUUGUGAUCUACGUCACUACUACAUCAAAGAAAGGAGACGUGACUCAGGAAACACAGGAACCUGGUACCUAUGCCUUUAAUCCACCAGCACCACAGUACCAGAGUUCAACGUCUUUAAAGCCUGCGAAAUCCCCUACCGCCGCGAGCACAACCCCCACCACCUACAAGCCACAGAUUCCUUCUUCGCAGGUUCAGCAUUACCUUCCACCAUUGUUGUGCGAGACCUCCAUCGGUAAUGCUCUGACGGUCGGUGAGCUGACUCCGUACUGCGACUUCUUUAUCGUAGACUUUGAUUUCAAGGCAUCCACUCAUCCUCAGUAUAAUUACAUUCUCAAAGUGGAACUCCAUGAGGGAGACAAGAUGGAGGAAUUCAUGAACAAGAAAGCAGGGCUGGCAAGCAAAGUCGUUGUGGGUUUACCGUACAACAGCGUGCGAGACCUCAAUCUGAAAGAUGAUGCACAAAGGACUGCAUUGGCGAGAGGCAUCAGUCAAGUUCUCCUGGACGAAAAGUUGGAUGGCGUCAUGCUUUAUCACGACGAGCUUUCUGACGCGGAUGCUUCCAAAGCGAAGUCAAUGCUAUUGAGCAUGACUACUGAGUACAAUGGUGGGUACUACACGUUGUUCAAGUUCAAGAUCAGUAACAUCGCCGCGCGUCCGAAAAUUCAAGAGUUCCUGUGGAGGGCAAGUCAGAUGGACGCAGUGUUUGUGGUCAUUGAAACGCUAAGCAAGAUCAUGCCUAACCCGCUGCUCCCAAAUACGUUCUGCGAAAGUCGUGAAAGCAACUAUUCCAUCGUUCGGACGCUGGAAGACGUUGUGGCCACAAAGAAAGCAUCGGGAAUGGGACCCGUCGGCAUCGGCCUCCGUCUUUUCAUGUUUAAAUGUGCGGGCGACAUAUACGAUCAGAAGCCUAUCAAAGAAUGCAAUCCAAUGCCACAUGAAUGGAAGGCCACAAGGAAGCUCUGCCGAUUGGGAGCCAACGACGCUGAAGGCAUCGGCUGGAGCUUGGGAACUGUGAUGUACACGGACGCCGUCAAUAAGAAAUGGAAGGACGUUCACUUCUUUGAGAGUGACUACACCCUGGCCACGAAGGGAGAGAAGAUCAUGUCGUACCUGCUAGAUGAAAGUGUCGAUUCCUUCAUCGUUCUCUAUGGAUUCGAGAACGACCUAAUGGAUAAUUAUACGGACUGCUCGCGUCCAAUGUUUGCCUACACUAGCGCAUUGCAAGGGAAGGUCGGACCAAUUGCAAGCCGGAUGCACCAGGGGUGACUAUCAACAAGGCCGCAUGGAUUCCUUGGCCGCAUUUUGUCCUUCAACCGUUUCACUGCCGGAAUUAUAAAAACG